AUGCAUUUGGCCGCAAGGGAGUGGUGGUGGAAGGAGGAAAGGGAAGACGCUCAUGUCGUUCUUCUUCGACGGAGACGCGGGGGAGGAGCCUGCGCGGAAGCGGUGCCGCACCGAGCAGCAGCAGCAGCAGAAGCGGCAGGAGCAAAGGCACGCUUCCGACGGCCUUGUAGCCGGCAAUGGGAGGGUGACGAGGAGGAGGAGGAAGAGCAGCCGGUAUUGGCGAGAGAGCGCGCUGCUCGGGUGGGACUGAAGCUCCUGCAAGGCAUGCAGAAGCCCCUCUCGUCCUCGUCCUCGUCUGUACUCCCUGCCGGGGACGAAAAAAUGCGUGUGGUGCAGGCAUACGUGCCCCUCUCCGUCGGCGGCUUCAUGGAAGGUUCUGCGGAGACGGCGGUGAACGACAUUAGCCAAGUGCGGCCCGGCAACGUCAUGUGCCUCCGCUGCCCCACCUCCCCCGCCCCGCGGGCGGGUCCCGGCAUUAAUUUUGUGAAGGAGGCGGACCUCACCGAGGAGGAACGGCGCUACGGCAAGCGACUCUCCGCGGAAAUGACGCAGGAACUCUUCGAAGUGGGCCGCGUGGACCGCGACGCGGGCCUGCUGGAGGCCAUCUUUCUUGACGGAACGCGGCAGAAGUUGAAGGUGUACGCCGUGCGGCCCGCCGGAUUUCUGGAGACUGAGCUGUUUCGAAGGUGGAAGCGUGAUCCGAGCUCCAGGCCGGUGCGCACCGUGUACGCGGCUUCUGAUAGCCUCGCCGCCUCCCAGCCUCUGCCGUCAGCGACAGCGUCCGCCGCCAACAGGACCAGCAACGACAACGAGAGCGCCGCGGUGGGCGUGGCUCGGACGCCGUGGUGGGUGACCCCGCAGCUCAUUGUACGCGUCGUCGAGAAGUCGGCGGGGGAGCUGUUUGGGGAAAAGUUUGUGGUGAAAUCGCUCACGCGCAGGGAGGGGAAGAUACGGCUCGUGCCGUGGCAGCGGUCCGCGGGCAGUGGCGAGCCGGCAGCGCGGUCGUUGCUUGACGUUGUGGGCUGCGAAGCGCUGGAGACGGUGGUGCCCAAAGUGGGCGAGCAGGGCAUGAUUGUGCUUGGGGGCAUGCGUGGGGAGUUGGUGACCGUCGUGGAGCGGCACCGUGACGCCGACGGUGAGCUUGCGUCGCUGAAGGUUUGUUCCACGCUAACGCAGAGGGAGUUUGUGGUUGGUCCGCAUGAAGUCUGUCUGUUGGCGCGUCCGCAGCGCUAG